CCGGUUAAUGUCGUCGCCAUGCACUUCUGGCAAUCAUACUCCAAAGCCACUGUCAAUGGAAGUGCGAUGUCUCUGUGGGGCGUCCUUGACGGAGCGAGAUGCCGCGUUUGCUGUGAGUAGCGGCAGCCGCAUCCGCGUGUACUCCUCAAGCGGCCUUGUUCUCUUGCACGAGUUCUCGUCCAUCCACGGUUGUGUGCUCAACAUGCAGCAUACGACUUUUUGCGAUGCGAUUGUCACACUCGAGACCAAAGUCGGAGACGACAACAUGGGGGAUUGCUACUUGUGCGUGUACCACGACUGGCGCGCCGUGUCCUCCUCUGACAUAUCGACACCACCCGCCGAAGAAAGGACGGCACCAUCGUUCGUUCGUGCGUAUACGUUGCCGCUGGCGAUUGCCGACCCCCAUUCCAUCCGUCUCUCGGUGUGCAGCUUCUCCGGGCGUGUCGCCGUGGCCACUCCCGAUGGAUUCGGUGUCAACAUCUGGCAGACCAGCGACGGCUUCUUCGAGCACGUGAUGGAGGUUAAAGUUGCCGGUCCGGGCCUGGCGUUCAUCGCCGUGCAUGGCGCGCAUCUAGCUGUCGCGACUGCCACGGAAAUCCGCGUCAUGGAGAUCCAAGUGAUCACCGAAGAAGGCUCUCCUUCUUCCACUGGCACGUCCACCUCCUCCAAGUCCCAGUAUCCGUCGCCAUUGUCGUCAGACAGAGCUCGACCACCCCUGCCACACGAGCGCAAGAAGGAGCUAAUCUACAACACGCUAGAAAAGGAUGUCAUUCCCGUACUCCACAUCCCCAUUCCCGGCACCGCCGAGUCUUCUUCCGCCACGUCCGUCGGCCAAAGCGGCAGCCACAUUCGCAUCUUGGGCCAACGCGAGGCGCAGCUCGAAGCAUUCAACUUGGCUGGGCUUGUCCAGGCCACGGAUGUCCGUGUCAACGCUGCCAUGUCGUACCUCCGCUGCCACGUCCAAGUACUCCUUCGGCGCUUCGUCCCCCCCAACCACACCAUUUCAGGGCUGCAUUUUGUGCCUGAAACGAUUGACCAUCGCGCCCAGAGCCGCAGCUACACCCGCCUCCUCGUCACGACCCAUGCUUCCGAAGCCAUUCUGUACUACUUUCUCGCCGGACACGUUGAUACAACACGCGAUGCCAUGGCGAAAAAGAUCUUGCAACGAGAUGCAAACCCGUUGCGGGGGAUCGUGGAGCCCAUCCAAAUCUCCGAUCGGCCGAUCCCAUCGCCGUCGUCCUCUGUGGCGGCGGCUGCGGCGGGUUCAUCCCCGGUCCACGGCGGCCGACACACCAACUCCGUCGUCGAGUCGAGACGUGUGGUCAUGUACUACAAAUUCCUCGCCCCGGCGUCGUCCGUGACCGCCAACAGCUCGUUUCUGUUUGCAGCGACGGCCGCGGGCGUCGAAGUGUGGUCGCUGUGGAGCCCCUGUCACCACGUCGCAGCCAAGAAAGCGCUCGAUGCGACGUUUGUGCCCGAGCCCACGCAGCCGCAGCUGUUGGGGGUCCAUCCGUUGUCGACCCCAGCUGCCGCCAUCGUCGCAUUGGACGGACAUGUGAUCGUCCUCACAACACCCGCGACGCGCCAUCAGCUGGCCCAAAGCGCGCUUGUCGCCACGAUCAAGUCGCACGACGUUCCGUUUGAGAUGCGGGGGUUGGUACGGCCGCCGUACUCGCCCCCCUUGGCGGGGGGAACCGUGCUCGUGUACCCCCAAAGUCCGCCGUCGUGCAUGUUUCAAACGCUCAAAGCCAAAACAAGUGGUGACACCAAUCACCCCAACCACGUGACUCGCGCACAACUGGAUCUGCUCUUGAGUUUAUUUUCACUGUACCGGUUCCGCGCCGACGUUGGGCUCGAUGCAUUGCAAACCGCGUCGCAUUCGCGCAAAGUAACCCUGGCGAUUCAACUGGAAACCAAACUGUACGACUCUCUCGCCCGCAACUGCGCCGCCCACAUCGCCCACCUGUACACGACGCCCGCGUUUCGAGACUUGAACCGCGCCGCAUUGCUGUACGUGGCGUCCAACGUCAGCGCCAGAGACGUCCUCCUUCGAUUCCGAUCCUUGGAUGAAGGCCUUAACGACGGCGUCCGUCCCGACGUGAUCGACGCCACGGCCGUGUACUUGGAGGCGUUCCUGUUCCCAACCAAAGACCCCUCCAUGUACUUGGCUCCACCCGUCGCGGCUUUCUCCGUGGGGGCCGUCCAAGGCAGCAACGACCACGAAUUCACGGGCGUAGUUCUCAGGCAUUAUGGGGACCACGCCCCCGAGCAACUGUCGCGUCUGGCCAUCGACUCGUCGCUCCCGUGGACGCUGCUCGACAUUGACUAUUGUUUGGCCAAACUGCAGUUUGCACAAAACGUGCUGAUUCGCAUGGGGGUGCUGGUGCUGCUAGUGCGGGCGCACAACAUGCCGGACCAGUUGCCAGCGUUCUUGGCGGCCAAGGAAGCGGCGGCCGACACGCUCUCGUCCUCGACGGACGUCGUCCACGACUACAGUUAUGCGUCCAUCGCUUCUCGCAUUGAAUGGCUCACAGAAAACUACCCCGAUCCACUCAUUCACUUGUGUGUGACCCACCCGGAACUGCUGGUCGUUCAACAACAGCCACCAACCAUUCCACUAGUAGUACCGACUUCACCGUCGACCACCUCCAGUACCAGGCUGCCCACUUUGCAGCAAUCCGUGCUCGCCCGUGGCCUCUUGGACAAAGCGCCGGCCAAGUGCCUCAGUGCGCUGGAGCUCAUCUUUCACAGUGCCUUGGGCCAUCAAAACGGCAUCGGCACCACCAUCGCGUUCUGUCUGGGGGUGUUAGGCGAGCAUGGAGAUGCGGUGGGACAGCGAGUAUCGUCGCAGCUUGCGAAGGACGACUCGAUGGCCGUUGGAUGUUGUUUUCACACGUCGGAAGUGUACGUGCUGUGCGCCGUGCACUUUAUGCUGUUGCACUUGAUCAAGCACCCGACCCCCGACGCCGCGGCCCUGCUGCCGUACUUGAGCUUGGAGUUCGUGCGCUUGUGUCUCCGAUUGAGUCUGUCGUCGUCCAUCAAGUGCAAAGCCAUGCUGUCCCACGCGCUGGCCUCCAAGUCCACGCUCCUUCCAAAGAACCUCUCGCCGCUGCCGUCGUAUGUUGUGCCGUUCAUAACCGCCCUUGUUGGCUCCCCCAAAACCUCCCACAUCGCCCAAGCACUGCAUCAAUUGUACCUCUUGGCCUGUCAUAUGGUGGCCUCCACAGUCGACGCCGACACUGCCCUCGGUUCCAUCCUCUUGUCGGAUGACUACAAAAAUCAAGACGACAGCCCAACACUACGGACCCUCAUGAAGCUUCUGCUGUUUCCUCGCGUUCACAAAUUUGACGACGGUUUGGCCAUCAUGAAAGCAUCCCCAACCUACCACGCGUACCUGCUGCCGUAUGCCGUCGCCAACAGCGCGUCGUUGGACGAAUGGAAGGCAUUUCUUCACGUGGUGCUGGAUCUUUGUAACUCGACUUGUGACAACGUACGUCCAAAAUCCACAUAUUGUGGGCCGAAUUGAGUAACUAUGUGCGUGCUACUUCGUCAUGUACUUCAGGGAAAAGUGCUGGUCCAAACGGCGUUGGAUCAUAUGGCAGUGACGUUAUCCCCUCAAGAUUUGCUGGCGAUUCUACCCGACGACGCAGACGUGGGGUUGUUUCUGGAUGCGUUGGCCCGCGCCGUGCGGUUGCACGACAGUGGUGACGUCCCAGGAACUACGGACUGAUAUGUGAACUAUACAAAGCAUUCCCCAAGCUUUACUCAAUAGGAUAACACGUGCGUAAUGACAAGAGUCUUCGGU